GUUUGACAAACUGCAGCUUAAUGAUAGCAUCAAACCACGAAGGAGUUGAUUUUGAAAAGCUGUCAAGACUUCGCCAUUUGGAAUUUCUCAGCUUAAAAUUGAGUAAUUUGAGAAACUUAAGGGUGUUAGACAUAAGCUCUAAUAACAUUGAAAGCCUCAAAUCUUCCCAAGAUGAACAAAAUUUGAGGUUUGUCCAUCUAAAGGCCCUUGAUUUGAGUAAUAAUUUCUUCAACAACAAUGUGCUAUCUUUCGUUAGUGAAUUUUCAAAUCUAAAAUCUCUAAAUAUGGAAGAAAACAAUCUAAAAGGAUUAGUAGAUGUCACAAAAUUUGAUGCUUUAAAAAGCUUAGAAGUGCUGUUCAUGAGCUACAACAAACUCAACCAAUUCAUUUCCACCAAUGCAAAUACAAGCUUUAGCAAGUUAAAAACUCUCUAUCUUAAUGGAAUAUUUCCUGAGGAAAGUAGUGUGCCAGCACAGUUAUCACUAGAGGCAUUCCCGUCACUUAAAAAACUCUACUUGGAAGAAAACUAUCAUCUAAACCAAACCUUGCUUAUUCAAACUUCGCAAGUUUUGAGCAAUCUAGAGGAACUUUUCUUGGAUGAGUCCCCUCUUAGCAUAAACUUUUUGCAAAAUAUUGGUGCAUUGACUUCUCUCAGGUCAAUAUCUCUAAGUAAUUGUGAGUUCACAGGAACCUUGCCAACUCAAGGUUGGUGUGAUUUGAAGAACCUUGAAGAGAUAGAUCUUUUUGGAAAUGAAUUGGUAGGGAUACUACCUUCUUGCUUGGCUAACUUGACAUCUCUUCGACUUUUGGAUAUCUCCCAAAAUCUAUUCACUGGAAAUAUUGCGUACUCUCCUUUAACUAAUCUUAUUUUGCUUCGAUAUCUCUCAAUUUCAAAUAAUAAAUUUCAAGUUCCAGAUUCAUUCAAGUCAUUUGCAAACCAUUCCAACCUUAAAGUCUUCUUUAGUGAUUUCAAUGAAUUGGUCCCAGAACAUGAUCAUGUUCAACAAAGGGUUCCCAAGUUCCAGCCAAAAGUCUUUAGUUUGUCAAACUGUAGAGUACAUGAAGAACUCACCAAACCUCCUAGCCUACUCUAUCACCUAUAUGACUUGAGAUAUGUUGAUCUUUCAUUUGACAAAUUUAUGGGAGCCUUACCUUAUUGGUUGUUUGAAAAUAAUACAAGAUUACAAGUUAUUAUCCUGAAGAACAAUUCUUUCAUGGGUUCUUUCCAGUUGCCAUCACACCCUAAUCUUGAUGUUUUGGAAAUAGACAUUUCGAAUAACCAAAUACGAGGUGAAGUCCCAUUAAAUAUCAGUCUAAUAUUUCCAUCUUUAACAUGGUUAUUCUUGUCUGGAAAUGGCUUUGGAGGAGAAUUUUUGAAGUGGUUGGUUGGUAUGAACUCUUUAGGAUUUUUAGACUUGUCUAGCAACCAAUUCUCUGGAACAUUACCAAAAGAGUUUCUUACGGGAAGCUCAUUGUAUGAUCUUAGACUUUCAAAUAACAACCUAAUCGGUAAAAUACCUCCUAGUGUAUUUAGGUCACAGUCAUUGACUGCAUUAUAUCUAGACAGAAACAAAUUUGAAGGAGAGAUAUCCAAUAUCCACUUUUCUAGGUCCUCAGACCUAGACACAUUGGACAUUAGCAACAACAAUUUGUCAGGAGAGCUCCCAAGAUGGACAAAGAAUCUCACUUCUUUGACUGAAUUGGAUUUGUCCAACAAUCACUUUGAGGGUUCAAUUCCAAAGGAAUUUUGCUAUAAUGCUCACCUUUGGCUUCUAGACCUGUCUCACAACAAUUUGGCUGGGUCUCUACCACAUUGCUCUAGACCAUCUUCACAAUACUUAUCACAUGUCUAUUUGAGCAGAAAUAGACUAAAUGGUCCAUUAACACAUUCAUUCUUGAACAUAUCUUCAUUGAAGAUACUAGAUCUGGGAGAAAAUAGCCUUUCUGGAAGCAUUCCAAAAUGGAUCGGCACCCUUUCUCGCUUGAAUAUCUUACGUCUGAAGGGUAAUCUCUUUUUUGGUGAAAUUCCCAAUGAAAUAUGUGAGUUGGACCAACUACGAAUCAUGGACUUGUCUCAUAAUCAACUUUCUGGUCAUAUACCUUCUUGUUUGGGACAUUUAAUUGCUGCUCCACCAUCAAUUUUACAUUUCAGUGAGUUUUGGAGAAUUUCAACAUUUGGCGUUGACACAUCUACAGAAAUGGAAAUCAAAUUAAUGUGGGAUGCAGAUACACAGUUUGAUGAGUACAUACAAGAUCGGGUAGAACUUGUUACCAAGUGGUGGUCUUACACUUAUGAAGGCAACAUUCUUGGUUACAUGUCUGGAAUUGAUCUUUCUUGCAACCAAUUAGCAGGCCAAAUCCCAUUUGAAAUGGGAAACUUAAGUGACAUUCAUUCACUUAACUUGUCUCACAACAAUCUAAUUGGACCCAUACCUUCUACCCUCUCAAAUCUGAAGCAACUUGAGUGCAUGGACCUUUCUUUCAAUGAUUUGAAUGGUGAGAUUCCAUCUCAACUUACUAAGCUAAACUCUUUGGCCAUUUUUAGUGUUGCACACAAUAAUCUCUCAGGUCUUAUCCCAUAUGGAAAAGGACAGUUUGGAACAUUUGACAGCAGUAGUUACGAGGGAAACCCUCUUCUUUGCGGACCUCCAUUGGAGAAAAGUUGCAAGGAAACUGAUUCACAACGAAAGGGAGCAUCAUUUCUUAGUGGGCAGAUUGAAGCAGGUGAUUUUUUAACAGAGUAAUUCAAUUACUGAAAGGAAUCAUGGUUUUAUCUUCAUUUCAUAGUGCACAAUCUUGAGCUUGAUUGCUUUAUGCCCAAAUUGAUUGCUAGAGUUCCAAUUUAGUUGAGUCAAAGGAAUAUAUGUGAAAGCAUACAUGUGAUGGUUUUGGAUACUGGAGUUCUAGGUUAAGUGCUGUACUUCUCUGUUUUUUUUUUUUGUUUCGAGACUAAUUUGCGUGAUGAGGUUGAUUUUUUAAAUUUUUUUUGGUGGAGAUUUUGAGAGAAUGGUUAAGGUAGAUUAGAAGCUUUUUAUGCCAUGUACACCAAGUGUUCGAUAAAUUGCUUGUAUGGGAUGGGGCUAUGUUGUUUUUUUGUUUUGGUGGGAUAGUUCAUUGUUAUCUUGCAUCUUAUCUUUAAAGUUGCAUUAGGAGUUGGGUUUGGAUUCCUUUUAAUUUGUGUAUAUUUAUAAUAUGGGUUUGAGUAUUUGUUGCACUCAUUUGAAUAAAAUAAUUUUAGAUAA